AUGACUACGGUUGGAGCAGAGGAACUUCAGCGAGCGGCAGAGGAGCUCAGCAGCUUCCAGAGCUUCAUGGCGCCGAGUCUGGACACCCCAACUACGGCAGCGAGCAGCCAACCCCCGGAGAUGCCCGUAGACAGCACCUCGAAAAGGACGACCAGCGAGGACGACGGGGCGGACACGAGGGCAAAGUGGCACAGGGGGCAAGGCAAGGGGACACAGCAAACACAGCCCAAGCCAAAAGGCGGGACAGCCCAGCAGCAGGAGCAGAAGAACUGGUGGGGCCGGAUCGACGAGCUUUCGAGCAAGCCAGCGACCAAGGAGACUGCCACGGCCAUGGGCAUCUUGGAUAACGACCACUUCCCCUACAUGCAGUGGAAUCCCGAGGAGUCACGGCAUGUCAAAGUGGAACAAGCUCCUCUGAGCAUCGCCGAUGCCCUGCAGACCAUCACGCAGUUGCAGCGACUGAUAAUCCAUCCCAACACGAUUGGGAGGUUCCACCCGUUGAGGCGGCUGACUCCGGAGAUGGCGAGCGAAGUGAUCCCUUGGACGCUCGAUCCAAAACCGAACACAGGAAGCCCAAGCAGUCUACCAGCUGAUAGGCAGACUGGUUCGAAGCGGGGCGACCCACCUUGUAUCCUCCACUCUCCGCCCGAGCAAGCUGGGACGCUCCCCACUGGCAACAGCGGUGGACAAAAUGCUCCAGGAGCUCUGAGGCCGGUUCAGUCGGCACUUCUCCAGUUAGCCCUUGUCAACCCCAAUUCCUUCAGUUACGCAAAUGCCAGCCUGAUUUCCGUUUUGUGGGCAAGCAGCUGUUCGCAG